UCGUUGAAGAGAUUUAGAGUGAAGUGAGGGCAGAUGCAGUGUAUAAAAUAGUGCUUGAGUUGUUGUGAAACUAGUUGAUAGAAUGAAAACCGUCUGUGACAUACGGGAGUUUAACUGACAAAUAUGAUUUUUUUUUUAAAGAAUAUGAAUAAAAUGCUAAUGAAGCCAAUAAUAUCGUUAGAUGAUUCGGGUAAAUUUGUGCAUUACGUCACCGAUGAAGAUCUCUCGUUGAUGAAUGUCAGCAUCUACGACUAUCCUCGUGAAAUAUGGGUGACCAUUCCUUUUUGGGAGAUUUUGGUUAAAACGGUCACCUUCUUGCCUUUGAUCACGUUCGGAAUUUUCGGCAACAUUGCACUUCUAUGCAUAAUCUUUACCAUUCGGGCCCUCAGGACUCCAACCAAUAUGCUGAUUGCAAACUUGGCCGUAGCUGAUUUGGCCACCUUGAUCAUCUGUCCUGUUAUGUUCAUGCUGCACGAUUUUUAUCAAAACUACGUUAUGGGAUGUGUUGGCUGUAAGCUGGAGGGAUUUUUGGAAGGUCUCCUACUAAUAACGUCCGUCCUUUGCCUUUGUGGAAUAAGCUACGAUCGUUUAACUGCGAUUGUGUUUCCAAAGAAGUCCAGGUUAACGAUGCGAGGUGUGAACGUAAUUAUUGCCAGCUCGUGGGGCAUAGGAUUUUGCCUCGCUCUUCCUUUGACAAUCUUCCGUAACUACAAGGAACGUCAAUGGAAAAAUUACUUGGAAACCUUUUGCGCGGAGAAUACGAACUUUUUACCGCAAUACUGGCACGUCCUGAUUGGAGCCUUGGUAUGGUUUCCUUUAGCCGUAAUGAUCUGCUGCUAUGGUUUGAUAUUUCUCAAGCUUGAUCGGUAUCAAAGGAAGGUAUUAAAUCGAGAGCAUCCGAUUUCAGUUUGCUACAAAAGAAAAGUGGCAAAAUGUUUGUUCGUAGUACUAAUUGUGUUCGUCUUGCUGAGGAUACCAUUUACCACUUUAGUUUUUAUUCGGUACUACCGAUUCGUUAAUGCAAAUAGUGAUCAGAUAGGAAAAGACUUUCUUAUACUUUGGUACGUGUCUCAUUACUUGAUGUUCUUGAAUGCGGCCAUUAACCCAGUAAUCUAUGGAAUGACAAACGAUAACUUCCGGAAAGCAUAUAAUAAAACAAAAAUUUGGAGAUGCUUCUGGAAAUCUGGACCAGUUAAAAAGGCCGAUCCACGGAUGAAGGAACCAGCAGUGAUGAUUAUCGGUCACCUUCAGCCACGUGGUCCUUGUGGAAGUGAAAAGUGCAUCGAUUUUUCAGAGUGGAUCAUUCAACCUAAACAAGGUGUUCAAACUGGUGAGUCGAGAGAGACUAAAUCCUCCCAGUUGAAGGCAACCACGGAAGAAGUGCAAACAAAAUGUGAACAAAAAACAUCCCAUAACUGUGAGUUGAUUAUUGCUGAUCAGUUUCGAGAAAAACAGAGCAAAAUGCAGUCAGCAGGAUUCAUUUGA